GAGCAUAGCUCACUUUUACUUAAUUUUCCAUUGGAAGCUUUUUUGGUGCAGACAGAGAGCUCGUCCUCGAGUUUCAAAGUGAGCCGUAAAAGGAAAGACUCUCUGAAGAUUUAGAGGGUCCAAUCUCCCAAGGUGUUUCAUGGAAAUCCGACAUGUCUUGGUUGUGGUGGGGGUGGUGGUUGUGGAGUCUGCUACUCUACUCCGUCGUCACACUUAAUGGGUUUGUUGUUGGUUGAAGACGGCCAUUAUUAUUAUAACACUUGGAAUUAUCACACAGUCGCAUUGCUCUCUCUCUCUCUCUCACGCUUGAAAAAUGCAAAGAAAAUAGGAAGAACAUAAACAACAUUCAAUCCAGAAACCCAGAAGAGACUCGAUCAAUUUUCAUGGCCACUGAGAAAAGCGAGAGCUUGGAAAUGGACCUGUUAUCAUGCCCGGUAUGCUAUGAACCGCUAAUUCGAAAAGGCCCAACUGGUCUCAACUUGCAAGCAAUAUACAGGUCGGUUUUCGAAUGCAGGGAAUGCCACCAGUCUUAUUCAAGCAAUAUACAGGUCGGUUUUUGUGUGCGAGAGAGAUAAUAAAGCCUCUCUAAGAAAGUUGAACAGCACCACCCAGAGCGAGCAAGCCUCUCAGUCAAAACAGUUCACCGGCGAUCAUGCCGCACCUUGUUCGCGAGAAUCUCUUCAUCGGCAACAUCACCGACGCCGUCGACGUACUCCAGAACGGCAGCGCCACCGUCACUCAUAUUCUCUCCGUUCUCGGAUCCGCCUCGAUUUCCUUCUUCUCCGAAUACAAGAAGGGUCUCACCAUCCCCACCAAGGAGAUAACCAAGGUCUACGCCGGCGGCGGCGCCUCCGCCUCCGAGGAUGAUGGCUCCGGGGGUAAGCUGCUGUACUUGUUGGAAUAUGCGGGGAAGGAUUUGAAGCUGGUGAGAAUGGGGGUUCCUGUUAGGGAUAUGGAGAGUGAGAAUUUGCUGGAUUAUUUGGAGGUGUGUUUGGAUUUUAUUGAUAAGAGUAGAAAAGAGGGGUCUGUUUUGGUGCAUUGCUUUGCUGGUGUGUCUAGAAGUGCAGCUAUCAUUACAGCAUAUCUUAUGAGAACAGAACAGUUAUCGCAAGAAGAUGCACUAGGAUCCCUGCGACAGAGCUGUGAGUUUGUUUGCCCCAAUGAUGGUUUUCUAAAUCAGCUAAAAAUGUACGAAGAUAUGGGCUUCAAGGUUGAUCAUGCCAGCCCCAUAUAUAAGUCUUUUCGCCUCAAAAUAUUGGGUGAAUCUUAUUAUCGCGGAGAUAAAAUAGACAGCUCUAAAUUUGGUGCUGAUCCUGGUUUGCCCAGUGAAGUUACCUCUCAAGUGGAAUCAUCUCCAAUCGGAGGAAAAAAUGGGACAUCUGCAUUUCGCUGCAAAAAAUGCCGAAGACUUGUUGCAGUACAGGAUAAUGUUGUGGACCACAUUCCAGGUCAGGGUGAGACAUCUUUUGAAUGGCGCAAGCAGAAAAGUAGCAACUAUAACAACUCUGAAUGUUCAUCCAUAUUUGUUGAGCCUCUAAAAUGGAUGACAGCAGUGGAAGAAGGUGCAAUGGAAGGCAAGUUGUCCUGUGCACAUUGUGAAGCUCGUCUGGGUUACUUCAACUGGUCAGGCAUCCAAUGCAGUUGCGGGAGCUGGAUCACCCCCGCCUUCCAGCUCCAUAGAAGCCGAGUGGACAUGAGCAGCGUCUAAUAUCUGUGAAGAUAAAGCCUUUGGGAGUUGAGCCCACUUCAAAAGAUUAGUUCAAAUACCUCCAAAUGGUAGGUUUAAGUGUCAGUUACUAUUUAACAAGAUAUAUAGUUUUCAAGAUAACAGCAAGCAUAGAAGAACAGGAGGUUUUAUGGUGUUUUUUGCACUGUUUGUAACCACAGAACCAAAUUUGAGUAGCUGCAGCUUGAGAAGAUGCUGCGUUUUUCCCUGAUUUGUGUUGCAUGAAAUUUGAGUUAUCAUUGCAACAGAAACUGGUUUAAUUACUUGACUGAUCCAAUAUUGUGCUGAUUGUGCUGUCAUGUAGUAAUAUACUUGGCGUGAAUUUUUUUUUCUGACUAUUGUCAUUAUUUGGUUUGGUUGCUAUCUGAAUUGGUUGGUUCUUGGAGAA